AUGGCGGCAACUGCGCGAAGUGGGACGGUGGGUGGGGUGGAGUGUCUGCGGCCGCGUCCUCCUGGUACUAACUACGCGAACAACCAGGCCGGCGCCCAGUCGGUCUGCAAGCUGCACGCCUACGCGGUCGGUACCACGGCCGCGUGCCACACCGGGUACUCGCCCAUCACUGACGUCGCCGAGUGUAGCAAAGCCGGCAGCGCGCUUGGCUUCGAACUGGGCCAGUGGGGAAGCUGGGAUUACGGCGGAUCCUGUGCGCAGUGGGGUGCUGGUUUGGGUUUGACUACUUGGUUCUACUAUCAUGCGAGUAAUCAAAAUGGCGCCAAACCUAUCUGCAAGCUGAACCAAUAUGUCGUAGCAACGGGGUCGUGUCCCAAUGGGUUUGCGGCGAUCUCUUCAUCCACAGAGUGUGACGCGGCCGGAGAGGCGCUCGGAUUCCAUGCAGGCCCUUUCGUGUCUCAUGCUUACGGCGGCAACUGUGCGAAAUGGGAUGGUGGGUGGGGCGAGUGGGGCAGCGCUUGGUACUGGCACUCCGCGAGCAAUCAAGCGGGCGCCUCACUGAUCUGUUCCGCCGUGACGGCUCCCCCGACGCCCAGCCCAACGCCGGCGCCCCCCACGCCAAGCCCCACGGAAAGCCCCACGCCCAGCCCCACGUCAAGCCCGACGCCCAGCCCCACGUCGAGCCCGACGCCCAGCCCCACCAUGCCCACCCCGACGUCGAUUGCGGCUUCGGGCCAAAUUGCUGCCACUGGCGAUCCCCACCUGCAGAACAUUCAGGGUGAGCGGUUCGAUGUGAUGAAGCAGGGCAGGCAUGUCCUGAUAAACAUCCCUCGUGGAAUGAGCGCCGAGAACGCACUGCUUCGCGUGGAGGCCGAGGCGCGCCGUAUGGGUGGAAGUUGCUCGGACAUGUACUUCGAAGCUUUGAACAUUACGGGGGCUUGGGCAGAGGUGAAACAAGCAGGAGGGUACACUUUCCGCUCAGACAGCAUUGACAACGAGACUCCAGAGUGGCUUGCCUUUGGUAAGGUUGAGAUGAAGAUUGUUCACGGGCACACGCAGCAAGGGACCCCGUACUUGAAUUUCUACGUCAAACACCUGGGGCGAACGGGGCUUGCUGUCGGAGGCUUACUGGGAGAAGAUGAUCAUUCAGAUGCCGAAACAGCUCCGGAGGAAUGCUGGCAGCGCAUCUCCCUGAUUGCGGGUGCCACUUUGAGCAACCAUGGCUCUACACUCUCGGACGCCGUGGCACUUCUCGAGUGA